CAGAGAAACAGUGUUGGAAAACGCCGGAAAUUACAAAAACAAUGCAACUUCGUAAACAAAACAUAUUUUUUAUACAGAACAGAACGUUAGCAGAACCAAAAGACAAGGACAAUAUGCGCAAGACGUGGGUGAAGCGGGAGAACAUAUACUUCAAGCCCUUCUACAAGCAGAAGUCGAAGAUGUUCCUGCUGCUCAUCUUUCUGGUGGGGAUUUCCUUCAUCGCGUACCAGGCCUUCUCGCUGAACCAGCUGCCCGGUGUGCCAGCUCCGUGGAACCUGCAGCAGAUCAAGCGGAAGCACCAGCAGAUGAUGCAGUCGCUGGGCAGCAAGCAACGCGACGUGGACGACUUCGAUGGGGGAGGGGCGGAUGCAGUUGCCCCAGCAGAAGGAGCCACCUCAGCGGUUGCUGGGCACGAGGAGCCCAUCAAGAUUGUCAGGGGCACCCGGCUCUUCGACUACGACGCGUACAAGCCCAACUUCGAGGGCAAGUUUCGGUGUCUGGAUGGCUCCAAGGAGAUCGCCUUCGACCAUCUGAAUGACAACUACUGCGACUGCGAAGAGGAUGGCAGCGACGAGCCCAGCACGAAUGCCUGCGCUAAGGGGCGCUUCUACUGCCGCUACCAGAAGCGCCACAUUACGGGCCGGGGUCUGGACGUCUACGUGGCCAGCAGCCGGAUCAACGACCAUGUGUGCGACUGCUGCGACGGCAGCGACGAGUGGACCACGGGGGCCAGGUGCCCCAACCACUGUGCGUAGUUGCAGGCCGGGAUUCCCCAUCCAACCGACCCGGCCCGGCCCUCCUCUUCCAAUUCCUCCUCCACCUGUGCACCCAGGACACCAAUCUCAAGGAUGAAGCUGUCUGGCGCAUCACAAGCGAUAUUUUUUGUACGAGUACAAUAGAAUUGUAAUUUAUUUUAAAAUAAGUAGAUUGAAUAAAAGAAUUCCA